UAGGUACCUACGUGUUUGGCUGUUUGGUGAAGUGGGGGUUUUCCUUUUCUUGGAAAUUCAGACUGUCACACCAUGCUGUGUGUCAUGGAUUCUUGUAUACAUGUCUGAAGAAAUUAUUUUACCAGUACGCUGUUAAUUAUUUCCAGUUUAUUGUGAUAAUGUACCGGUAAAAACCAUCAAUCCAAAUGCAACAAAGUAAUGCAUUUGUGCAGCACGGUUAUGAGGAUAGUGUAGAUGCAAAAUUCGGCUUGAUGUCCGGGAAAGUGAUGGAAACACGUUACUACGAGGGAUGCGGACGUGAAGGCCCUAUUCGGUGCAUAUUCCUCGGAGAAUUUCAUCCUGUGGCAGGGCCUAAAAUAGCAUGUCAGUUUCCCGAAGAUUACAUCUCCAAAGAAGUGUUUGAUACCAUCAGUGCCUACAUUAUACCUAAACCACAGAUUCAAAAAUGCACCAUGACAAUAAAUGCAUUGGGUCACAAGAUAGUUGGUUAUCCGAUAAGGAUAGACAACUCAAGAUAUGAACGCAAUGUUUACCUUUUCAACCUGUGUUUUGUGUGUGACAGUUGGUCUAAAACUGUGCAAUAUGAGCCGGUGGUUAAGAAGCUUGGUGAACAUUUGACAAUCAUGGAAGAAGAAACAAGAUUUGUGUCAAGUGGUUCUACCAAGUUGCCAACACUAUUAGCUCAUCUGCUCCAUGAUCUGAAUACGCACCGAAAAGCUACACUAGUUGAAGGAGAUACUGUCAUGCAUUUGAAAGUACUUGAAGUUCGUAAAGAUCCUCCGGUGGUUCAUGACCAUGAUGUUCCCGUGUUGGUAGCAUCUGUGGGCCUUCCUCGACCUGGUCGGCCACCGAGGAUUGUUCCUCCAGAAGGAACGGAGACCAUACAAAGCCAGGAGCAUUUGGACUUUGAAGACGAAGAACCCUUUGAAGUGGAUAUGGAAGCUGAUUGGGACUUGACAACUAGACAAUUAUUGCCUUACAUAAAUGGAUACAAUCACGUCUCGAAAAUAGCAGCAGACACCAAAGUCGAGAAGACUUUGGUAAAAUCCUGUAUACAAAACUUAGUUUACUAUGGAGUGGUGACAUUGAUACCAGUUCUGAAGUUUAGUAAUAUGUACAGAGCCACUCCAAAUCUUAGCCGCCUAUUUAGUGACCAAGAACUACAAAAAUCGUGUAUUGCUUUUAUUACUAAAGGUUCUGAUUCUAAGGAAAAGCCAAUAGUGUCGGAUGUGCUAGAAAUACUGUGUGCACUACAACAAGGGACAACACUUAGAACUGUUUGUGAAAGAUUCUCAAAUACUUUAAACCCUUCUUUCGAUAUUCGCAGACUCGUGGUGUUUGCUCAACUACAUGGUCUUAUUAAAUGUUUAAAAAGAUAUCCAGUGUACAUAAGGAGUCCACCGCGACCGAACGGGUUCAUCAGGCGAGUAGACUCGAUGCAGGGCAUCCGGCGACUGUUCACCGGCCGCCACUGCACGGACGAGAUCUGCUGCCUGGGCCGCAUCGAUCUGCCCACCCUUGAUCAAAUCAUCGAGGAUGACCCCAACGUCGCUAUCAUCUGGAGGUAGAACUUAUUUAUGCACAUUACUUUUAAAUCUAGGUUAACUAGCUAGGGAGUCAGCAAGAGAACGCAAGAUAAAUAUGGCUUUAAGAUUAAUCAAAUUCAUUUCCCAAGAAGUAAACCCAAAAAAUCCCAUCUAGAAGAUUUAGUACUGUAAUAUAAAAUGUUUUGUUUAUUGGUAACAAAUACCAUUAUGUUUUAACGGAAAAACACGAUCACGAGCUUGGAUAUUUAUAAGUAUAGAUAGAUAGUAGUAGACCGUGUAUAAACACGGGGAGACAGGCCUCUGUGUGGCAACUUCUGUACUAUACUUGACCUGUAGGCCUGAAUCAAGUACAGAAUAACGUCUGCUACAAAGAAAUAUCAUGACAAAACGCCCCACACUUCCCCCAGGCUGUAUGCUCUGGGUUACGUAUAGAAAAGCAUUGGCAAUAAUAUCAUUUAUAGCGCGCUUGGGUACACAUAGAUCAAGAAUGCCAUAAAACUUGUAACCAUGAGUUGACCGUAAGAUAAGUAAUCUACUGUUAAUCUGCUUCGCUAAUUACCACAAAGGCCAGUGUCCACACGCGUGGUAUAAGCUAUGGUAUAAGCCUAACGGUCGACAGACUGCUACUGUGGUGUCCUGUUGUUGCUAUGAUGAGCGACAACACUUCCUUGACAUCGGUGGACGCAGGGGCACACUGCCCCCAAGGUGACCUGCUCCGACCUCUUAGUCGCGCCCCUGUCUCCAUCGAAUCUUGCCGACCGUUAUCGUUUCCCAACAUGCAUCCUUGGCUCCCUGGCUGGUAGCUCGAGUUACGCAACAGCCUACGCACUCCCCGCCACUUAGCCAGAGAGUCUCCUGCAUUUUCUACGUUGGUCUGUUUCUUUUAGCACGAUCUGACAUGCAAUGAUUUAUGGAAAGUGGCAUUUCCCCAUAGUUACAUGUCUUAUAGCUAAAAUAGUUUACCAGGUGUUUAACACUCACCCGAUUCCAACGUUGAGGGUCUUACUUUAUAAUUUCAUUCGCUCGCGCCGUACGUAUAGCCUCCGUCCCUCCCUUACCGCUACGCGGCCUUUUUCCCACAGUUAAAAAUCCGUGAAUGUCAAAGUCAAAUUUUCAAGUCAAUUUUAUAGUUGCCACAGAACAAUAUCAGUUGUAUGCACUAACAUAUGGCCAAUAUCCUCACGUUUCGCGACAGCUUCAUUAGCAUUGUGUUUGUUGCAACCCAUCUAGGAGAAGGAAAACUCCAAAAUUAAACCCGGAAUGAAAUUCCGUUAGGCACAAGCAUGGCAGAAUCCUGCAGCUGACCCGGCUUGGCACGUAUUGACUUGUUUCUGCGGGCCCAGCUGGCUAGGCCGGGAAGGUGGCACAGGUUUUGGGCAACCUUCUGUCUCCUUAAUAGCAUCCCACGCGAGAGAAUGUGUCGUGUGAUUUUCGCCGCCGAGACCGCCUAGUACUCCCAGAGAAUAAAACUUCUACAUCAAGACAUUGUACCAGAUGUUGUCGAAGUUUUUCGACGCAUUGAUUCUUCAAUUCGUGAGCGUUCCCGUAGCUCAAGAUAUUAAGUAGUUCAUGUAACGACAGAAUUCGUAGGGAAAGCCGAUAUUUUGACUUGCGUUAGAUGUUUUCUUUGCUAAAUAUGUUCCAGUCUCAAAUAGUCUACUUAAUGUAAAAGUAGUAAAAAUAUCCUAGGAUAAAAAAAUAAAAGUAGAUAGUAUUCUAUUGAAUCUAAAUAGAUUGAAGAAAUGAUUUAAUUUGGGAAAAAAAGGUUUAUUCUCCUAUUUCUGACCCUGGCAUUAUAUGUAUUUAGUACAAGACGAUAAAGCUGGGAAGCGGUGUUAUUGCGAAAUUCCCCUUGCUUGUUUCUCUCUGACGUUAUUUUUAAGAUGUUACUAACAUUAUAACAGUUGAUUCUGUUUAGUGACAUAAAUUUUGAUCAAAUUAUUUUUGAUUAUUUACUUAACGUUCCUAAAAUAAAUAAUUGCUGCAUCGGUAUUGUGCACAUGACUUUAUAUCGCCCCAAUAUGAUACUAAUUAUUUAUUUAAGGUAUUGGCGUCGAUUCCUGCAGACACCUCCUAAUUUUAUUUUAAGUUAUACCCGUCAUUUUAUGCGCCGAAAAGGAACGGGAUGGAUGAUUUACAACAGUUCAUUUUAAAAUGAAAGAAUAACCCGGGCGAAUAAAAUAGGCAUCUCGCUCAUAUGCAAACCGUUUGACACGUGCUGUCACCUUAAUUCUGUCAGGUUAUUGCCCAAUAUAAAAUUUUGGAAGAGUUUUUUAAAUUUCUGCCUAAAAUUGACGUGUGUUUCUGCCAAAAAAUGACGUCGAUUACCCGUCCCAUUUCCUUUUCGGCAGCUCAGAAAAUGACAGGUUGAACUUAAAUAAACUGUACCGGAAUCAGCACCAAUUACUUAAGUUUUAUAACGUGAAUAUUUAUUUUUAUAAUUUAAUUUAUUACGAAUACGUAACUGUUUUUUUGUUCUCGGUUUCAAGCAGUUAUUGGAAGUAGAUCUCUCAUGCUUGCUACUUUAUUUCCCUGUGUUCAGUGUAAAAAUAUUUUUUAAUUGGAAGUUCAUCGCGAUUCCCUCACCUAUACUGCCAUAAGGCAUUUACAUUACACCUACGACUCUGUAACCUUCAAGUAACUACAGAAGUAGUUAAUAUUAUGUUAAAUGCGGUUAAAUAAUAAAUUGCAUUUGCUUCUGGUUUGUUUGGGCGAUUUUUUUUUUAUUUUUGUCUGAGUAAGUAAUUGAGAUUUUCUGUUUAAUUGUAAUCGAAUUUUCGUAAUGAAAUGUAGUGAGAAAAAAGAGCUGUGAAUUAUAUAUGUUUGUUGCAUAUUAAAAUUUUUAAAAUUCGGUAAUAUUUAUUAGUACGUGUUGUGUUAUAGCACAUUGACAGCGAGGUAUGCGUGUCUGAGUAGGAAAUGAGGCACUUUCCGGGCUACGUUCACCAAAAACAAUAUAGAUGGCGUUGUACAGUACUCGAGUACAUAAUCAUUCCAAAAUACAAUAUAAUGGCAGAAGCUUGUAUAAAAAUAAUUGCUUGAUAUUUGGAUCAGAUCCUACCUACCCUAUAUUACCUAUAUUGCUUCUCUUUAUUUUGAUCAGAAUAAUAAUGGUUGGAAGAUGCGUUGUGCCUGGGAGUAAUAGCAAGGGUCAUCGCUUAUACCCAAAAACAAAGAUAAAAUUUGCUUAUGUCUGUUAUCCAUGAAAUUAGAAGGUUAAGCGAAGGAAAAUCUGUACAGAGCGUCAUCUAUAUUUAUUUUGGGGGACGUAGCCUAGAAAGUCCCUCAUUGUUCAAUUUGUGACAGCUCUCUUUGGAGUAUUUUUAAUGUAAAGCGAGGUUCCACUUUCCAAUGGAGAAGGGGCAAUAUACCGCAGGGAAACCACUAGUUUGUUUAAAUGUCACAUCUCUUAGAAAAAAAAUCUAAAUCAUAUGGAAGCCUGCCUCACAACUCUCCACCUGCUAGGCUGCUUGUUUCCAUUUCAGUAGAACCUCAGUCUAAUUGUCACCUAAGAGCAACUACCUGCAGAAUAUUUCUUUAUCUAUAACCGUUUGUUUCAAGGCAAAUUCUUUGGUAAUUUUAUGCGUUGUGCAAUGUUCGUGAAUAAGCCUAUAUUCGAGAUAAAAAGAUAAACAUUCUAAAUAACAUAUUAUUCUGCGUGUUUUAGGAAUCCUUUAAGUUCAGUGUGUGACUGAACAAUAAAUAUUUUCUUAUAUUUGCUAGGAUAAUGUUAUUUGACUUCUCGAAGUUAAUGUGUGGCUUAGAUAAAGCGAGCGCUGCGAAUGUGUGUGUAACAAGGCGUACUCUAAAUUGUAUGUAAUCUGAUAAACCGUCUUAAAACCUGACGUUAUUGCAGUAUUAUAUUUUAGACUACUAGUAUUAAUUACAGAGUACUUAUUUAAGUGUAGUAUUUAUUUUAAUACAAAUUGUAAAUAUGUGAAACUGGGCAGUAGUUUAUAAAGUAUAUUUUACAAUCAAUUAAGACUCAUUCACUUAACGCCUUGGAUGAAAAUGAAACAUUGUUUAUAUUAGCACGGUGUUGGAAAUAAAUAGUUAUUUGUAUUCCGGCGAAUCAUUCAUUAAAUUAAAGGUGGCCAGACACGCAAUGAUUUUGUGCACCAGUUUCGGUUAGUAAUACUCGUACCAAACGUUUCAAGUAAACCUAAUCAUCAUGGUCUAGUACAACUGUGUCAUAUUUACGGUCUUUGGGAAAUACAAAUUUGCUUUUGUAAAUACAUAAGCCCUAAAUAUUAUUACUGUCAAGCGUAUCUUUGCGUGUAUGGCAGUCUAUACCCGCAAUGUUGUAAAGCUCUCGUUUGAACAAGUCUUAAGUUAUUCAUAUGGUGAAAUAUAUUUUGAAUUUUACGUAAUUUAGACGUAGUGGCAGACACAAACUUAAUCUUAAUUUUACAGUUCUAAAAGUAUUGCUUAUCCUUUUCUAAUCAUAAGUGCAAGAAAGAGAGAGUUUUAAAACUAUCAAACUAAAUUAAUAUAAGUUGGUGUCUGUCGGGAUCAGCACCAUUAAUGAGAUUAUGAUAACAAUGCUAUUUCUUUGUAAAAGAUAGAGCAGUCCAAUUAAAUAUUAUUUAUUUUAAUAUUUCGUUGUUAAUUUGUAUUCAUAUGUGUAGGUAUAGCUUUAGAGCUUUCAUCCACUCACUUCCAGUUCUCUAAUGUAUGUUCCAGUCUUACUGCAGUAUUUAAUAUUUAUUUUUCAAUAGCAUACGAAUAAAGGUGUAUGUGUA